UUCUUUUCAAAAUUUCAAGGUUACAAUGAGUGAAUCUGGACGAAAUCCUCAUCCGCCAAUUACACUGGAGAAUGAUGAUACUUUAUCGUCGUUUCCGAAAAAGGAGCACAAAGUAUUCAAACUUCCACCACAUUUGGCACGUUUAAAAGAUCCUUGGAAUAAACUUAACGCUCACCAUACUCUUUCUAGCUUCAGACAUACAAUCGAUUAUUAUGACCUAGAGGCUCCAAACGACGAUCUAGACUUCAGGCUCAAAGCAUAUUAUGACCACAAUAACCAUUGGUGGAAGUCAAACGCAGAGGCUUUGAUACAAUUAGAAACGCUAAAUAAGACGAAGAGGUUGAUCAAGAAUCGACCUCCAAAACCUGUAAUUGUACGUCCUCCACCAAGUCAGCCGUUUACAAUAUGGACAAGUGAUUAUAAAGAACGAUUGGAACAUGUUUCAGAAGCAAUCGCUGCAAGUCAUACUCAGGCAACAAAUGGUGGUUAUUCAAGAAAACCGGAUGGUAAUAAAUUUCUAGCUUGAUAACUGGAUUAAAAUGAAGAUGAAGCAUAUAGUUCAUAUGAACUGAUAAUUAGUGAAAAUUAUUUUCUAUUAGUUAACUUUUGAUGCAUAUUAUUUUGAUUCACAUUUUGAUUCUGGACAUAAAACUUUUCAGAUUGCCUUGCUUGAUUAAUUGUAGCUUGAUAUUUCAUAGAAUUUAUUUUUCAGAUUUUCCACUAUCCUUAAUGACCUUUAAUCUUCUAUCUGUUUAACUUGAUAAAAUUGUAAGAUUAUGAAGUUCAUUAAUUCCGAUGAUAUUCCUUUUGAUCAAUAGCACAAUUAUCAUGGAAAUCUGUCAUGGGAUACUAAAUCCUGUUAGCUCAAAGAGCCCAGUAGCCAUUCAGACGACAAAGAUGGCAAACCUAUUUUAUCCAUAAUUUCUCAAUAAUAUCAGCAAUCUUAUCCUAAUAAUUAUUAUGUUUUUUAAAAUAUUGAAAUGUAAAAAAACGUAUGACUUUCGCUAAUUUAUCGCGCCUAUGGUCCAAGGAACAUUUAACGUUUGUCUGUCGAAUAGCC